GUUACAAAUUUUCAUUCAUGAAUAAGAAAAUAUAUUUUUACAUAGGAUUUAGUCUAGUCAUUUAAAUGUGAUGCUGGUUGAUACUAAAUUAUGGAUGUACAUAGUGUUAUUUCAAUUUUAUUAAUUUUGUCAGUAAAUUUUAAUUUAUCAAUCGCAGAUACUAAAGAUUUUUGCAAAUCAGAAAAGAUUUUAACGAAACGCUUUGAUACUAAAUGUGUUUUGUGUUCUAAUAAUACAAAUGCCGACUGCCCAAGGAAUGCAACAAAGUUAACGACAGACAAUGGGCAUAGAAAUUGUAAAUUAAAACUUAAUAUGGGAAAUAUAACGAAUCCGAGGAUUAUUGAAAUGUCGGGAUGUUCUCAUAUUUGUCUAGAAAAAGUUUAUGUUCCGUAUUGCUGUGCCGAAUAUUACGGUCCUAACUGCUUUGCAUGCCCAAAAUAUAACUGGAAAAUAUGUAAUAACAAAGGUACCUGUAAUGACACCAUUUCCGGAAAUGGAGAGUGCGCAUGUCAAGCAAACUUCACCGGUUAUGCCUGCGAAAAAUGCGUGGAUAGCAAUGUAUAUGGCGAAAACUGUAAUGAAACCUGUAGUUGUGUAAACGGAGUCUGUGACAGUGGAAUGCAGGGUUCCGGAUUAUGUGAGUGUUUCUCGGGUUGGAAGGGAGACAAUUGUGACGAAGAGAUUUCUGGUUGUGACUAUAAGAACAAUCAUUUCUCUUUUACAGCUGUUGAUGUAUGUGCAAAAGGUAAACAUGAAUGUAGCGAAAACGCCACCUGCACUUUUCUUGGACCUUCUAAAUAUAACUGCUCCUGUCUUGAGGGGUUCCGGGGGGACGGUUACGUCUGCACACCUAUUGAUCCCUGCCGGGAUUUUUAUGGAGGGUGUAACUUUACCACCUCAAUCUGUACAUAUCGAUCACCUGGUGUGAGAGAGUGCGUUUGCAAGGCUGGUUACGAAAGUUCCUCCAAUGAGAAGUGCGAGCUCAUCGAUCUUUGUUUGACCAAUAGCAGCCUUUGUGACAAAAAUGCAGAUUGUCAAAUGAUUGGUCCACUGGAACACGAAUGUGUGUGUAAUGAAGGUUAUGCAAGUGAUGGAAAAGUGUGUUUUAACAAUCUAAUGGGGUUGAUAGAAGAUAUUCAUAACGAUGAUCCAACUUUAGAGUCGAAGAUGACCUGGGCCAUCAAAUUGGUGAAGAAUAUUUAUCACGAGGAGUUCCGAUAUCACGGUCCAUUUACCGUCUUCCUCCCAACGGACUUCGGAUUCCGAACAAUUUACAGAAACAUGGAUAUGGAUGAUUUUCUUAACAACACCGACAGAGCAGGUCAGGUUUUACGACAACAUAUCAUUAUCGGAAAGUGGACGAUGGAGAAUCUCACGCGGAUGAAUACAUUUUAUACACUUCAAGGAAAACAGGCGGAAAUCCAAACAAAAUCACGUGGGGGUAUAACAUACCGGUACAGACUUAGUGGAUCCCGGGUGAAAUCGUCAGUGAUCAAACAGGACAUGAUAGCCUCUAAUGGAAUCAUCCACGUGGUUCAAAAACUACUCACAAACCAGGCAGACGUCAAGGGAGAUAGCACGAAAUCUAUCUUUAAGUUGUUAAAAAAGGACAGACGAUAUAACAUUUUGAAGUCUCUCAUUGUGAGAGCUGGCAUAGAAUCAGAAUUUGAGCAGAAAGGAAUAACUGUUUUUGCCUCAAGUAAUAGCGCAUGGAACAAUUUACCACAUGGAGUUAUGGAUUAUCUCAAAAGUGACGAGGGCCAAACCACACUGAAGCUUAUUCUGAGACAUCAAAUUGUAAACGAAACGAUUGAAGUGGCUGAUUUAAUAAACAGAGGAACAAUAAAAACUCGCAGUCAAUCACUUGUAGCUGUUUUAGUUACAACACAGGGUCAAAUACGUUUAGAUAGGGAAACCAACAUUACACAGACAGACAUACCAGCAUCAAAUGGCUUGUUUUAUCAUAUGGACAACGUUCUACUGCCCAUAGACCAAGAGAAAAUCUUGCCCGGAAUCUGCAGUUAUUAUAACACCAUUUACAAAGAACGAGGAUACUGCAGACCAUGUUAUGCCACAUUAGAGUGCGAGAAAGGAAUCCCCACCGGUGAGGUAGAAUCCUGUGACCUAAGGAAGGCGCAGAUUUCCCGAGACCCAGACACGGGGAAGAUCUUGGAUUUCUUUUUCAUCAAGAGUGCAGGAUGUGUUUCAGUGUGCAACGCAACAAAACAAACCCCUGUGUGUUGUUCCGGGUACUAUGGAGAUAAAUGUUCUAUAUGUCCAGGAGGAUAUAAAAAUCCUUGUUCUGGAAAAGGACAGUGUGUGGAUGGAUUGGAUGGCAACGGUACUUGUAUCUGUGAGGAGGCUUUCACUGGACCCGCCUGUGACAGAUGUUCAGACGCCAAGAAAUUUGGGCCCGGGUGUAACAAAACUUGUACAUGCGUUCACGGAAUUUGCAACAACGGACCAGAGGGUGAUGGAAAGUGCAAAUCUUGCUUUCGGAACACAUUAAAUAAAUGGAGCUAUUGGCCAGAUAGAUACAGAGGGGAGAAUUGUGAUAUCCUAUCUAAGCCAUGUCUAGGCAGUCUGCAUACAUUGCCAUGUCAUAUCGAUUCUUCCUGCGUCAGAAAUGGAUCAUCUUUUCGCUGUGUAUGUGACCGUGGUUAUGAAGGGGAUGGUGCUGUUAAAUGUACCCCAAUUAAUCCUUGUGAAAAGCCAGGUAGAGGAGGAUGUCACAAACAGGCUGUGUGUAAGAUGAACGGACCAGGAGACAACACUUGUACCUGUGGUGAGGGUUGGGCAGGGGAUGGGAAGUACUGCUACCCAGGGUCAGAAUGUGGAGACCACCAACAUUGUCAUAAGUAUGCCUCUUGUAAGACUGACCCCUCACAUAAUAAGUCCCUUUGUUGGUGUAAUGACGAUUUCCAUGGAAAUGGAACAUACUGCAUUCCAAAUAAUAUGUGUGAUUUUCAUAAUGGAGGUUGCCAUUCAAAGGCUAAUUGCACGCCAUUAGGACCAGGUCUGAAUAAUUGUACGUGUAUGGAAGGCUACGCAGGAGAUGGAAUUUUCUGUAUGCCAACCAUUAACGAACUCAUUCUCAACCAUCCUAACCUUACCAGACUAGCUGCACUUGUCAGACUCUUGGGAGAGGACAGCAUCCUUCAGUAUUUCAUGGACACCUACACAUUUUUCGCUCCUACUGAUGCCGCCAUGGAUUUUCUGAUCAGAAGGCGGGAAGAAGGCUUCUUUUCUGAUAUUGAUAAUGUUCUCCCCUUUAUUAAUUACCAUACAGUUCUUGGACAAAAUCGAAUAGAGGAUUUACGUGCCUCUGUAAAUGUGGUAGAACGCUACAAUACUUUGUCUGAUGGUUUUUUCCUACAUUUUAAAGUUGAGAAUGGGACACUUCUUCUCUCAACCAAUAACAGAUUUGCUAUAACAGCUCGAGUAAUAAAAAGCAAUCUGAUAACUGCCAAUGGAUAUGUUCAUAUCAUAGAUCGGGCUCUUGAACCAGAGUUAGAAAACAAUGGACUUCCAACACUUGAUGAUUUUUUGAACAGCAGCACUGACACCACCAUCUUUGCUGACUGGCUUAGAGUAGGGAUAAAAAAAAAAGAAAUUUUAGGAUUUCUUACUAGUAACUACCUUCGAUACUAUGUUCUACCAGUGAUCCGCCUAGCUGAAUCUUUCGAUGAUCAGGAAUCCGUUGAUACAGUUCUUGGAGCCAAACACAAAAUCUCCAUUGAAAUUUAUGGCACAAAGAUUUUCCUGAACACAGAGCGUAUGAUCGUACACAGUAAUUUUUUGACGGAUGGGGGCGUCGUCCAUAAAAUUGCUGGAUAUAUACAUCCUAAUCUAAGAAUAUGUGACGUAAUCAAUAGAACCGUUAUAAAUAGUGCAUGCGUUCCAUGUGAGGUUGGCCAUUACCAGUGUGCCGAGGGAUAUACAUUAGAGAUCGCCACUGUAACCAAAGGGUGCAUCUAUUCCAGUGGUGACGCACAAUACAAAGGCUGCAGCGCCCUCUGUUCCAGACAAGAGAAGGUUGUUGGUUGUUGCGCUGGCUUUUAUGGAGAGACUUGCUCAGCUUGUCAAGGAGGGUCUGAGUUUCCUUGUAAUAAUAACGGGAAUUGCAGUGAUGGGUUAUACGGUGACGGCACGUGCACGUGUUUCCCAGGAUACACCGGAACUUCCUGUCAGCUCUGUAUUAACAGUACCGACAAUUCAACCACUGAAUGUGCUAGAUCAUGUGCCUACCACAACGGUGGUUGUCAUGAAAACGGAACGUGCCAUGAGUACGCCGGAAGUGUGACGUGUACUUGUCCCCAGGGGUUUGUGGGGGAUGGACACCACUGUGUCAGACCGUGCGAGGAGAACAACGAAGGAUGCCAUCAGUUUGCUGUUUGCAAAGAACUGAAUGAAAAUUCAACGGAAGUUGAUUGUUUCUGUCAAAGUCAAUACAAAGGCAACGGGCUAGUUUGCACGCUAAUACCUGAGAAACAAUCUGCAAGCAUAACGUCCGGUAUAACAGUGGGGGGAAUCAUUGGCUUUAUCAUCGUCUUCGGAUUAGUCUUCUUACUCAUCAUUGCAAUUAGAAGACAUAGACAUUCAAUGGCAUUUUUAAACAAGGAGAAACUGGGCAGCACCGAGUCUUUUGAGAAACUUCACCCAACCCCCGCCGGGGAGGAAAAUUACAUCGCUCUACAGCCGUCCCCUUCCUCCGAGAUGAAGUUCGACAACCCAAUGUACAGUGUCAAAGACCGAUUUGUCGACGAGGAUUCUUAAUUGUUCCUUAUAUUAUUUAAUGUGAAAACUGAGAAAAAAAAGACUGCAUGAAUAAUUUCCUAAUGUUGAUGUUUGUAAGAUCUUUGUAUGAAAGAGAAGCGAAUAAUUGGGGGGUUUUUUUUGAUAUUUCAAAAUUGCUUGAUUGAAACACAAGUACAGUGAAACCUGUCUACUCCGAAAUGCUCUGGGAGACGGAUAUUGUGUCAGAAUAGAGAGGAUGCCGGAUUGCACAGUCUAAAAAGCAAUGGAAUAUUGUCAAAUUAGACCAAAAUUUAACGUCGAAAUUCACAGUGUGAUGGAUUACACAAAUGUAGAAUGAGACAGUUGUCAAGUUGUAAUAUUUUUUUUUUGCUGUGCUCUGUACUACAUUUGUAUUUUCAGACAUGGGGAUGCCUAAAUAAAGUAUCUUGCGUGUUAACUAGACUUUUUGCACGUAUUACCGGUUGUUUUAUGACGAUAGAGUUGUUUUUUUAAAAGAUGCAAUAAAUCAUCAAAUUAAAA